AUGCUUCGUCUUGCUUCCUCCGGCCUCUCGCUGGCGGCGCCGAGGACGAGGACGGCGACGGCGACGGCGUUUCGCCUGCUGCACACGACGCGUCUCGUGCGGGGCGGCCGCGGCAACUUCUUCGCCUACCUGGGCCUGCAGCAGAGCCCGGAGCUAGACGCGGGGGAGGUGCAGCGUGCAUACCACAACCUGCAGCGUCGCGUCCACCCGGACCAAACCAACGUGCAGGCCAAAGAGGUUCAGCAGCAGCAGCAGCAGCGGCAGUCUGCGGCGGCGCCCGUGCAGGCUGUGAAAAGGGAGAGAACGGUGGCGGCGGGCGGCGUGGCGGACGCCGAGGAAUCGAAGUACGCCAACGUCUCCUACGAAACCCUGCGGGAUCCCUUCCUCCGGUGCCAGUACCUGCUGCGCCUGAGACGCGCGAGGGAGGCGAAGGGCGCCCCGCUGACGCCGGCCGAGGAGGAGGUCCUCAUGGACACUGACGAUCGCCGUAGCGUGGAGGAGAGACGAAAGCUCAUGGACGGUGCAGGCGGAGGCGCCGCGUCUCUGUCGCCGGAGUUUCUUGAGGAAAUGAUGGCGGUAAAUGAGGCGAUUUUCUCCUCUGACGUGUCACAGGCGGAGGGAAAAGCAACGCUGCAGCUGCUCGUGGCUCACCUGGAGGAGCGGUAUGAGGAAUUUUACGACCAGGCAAAGGCAAGUUGGAGGCAAGAAGACGUCCAGCGCUUUUGUCGAUGCGUGAUGGAGUGGACGUAUGUUCGCAACGCUCUUAAGCAUGCGAAGAAUCGUCUUGACUGA